AUGGACAGGCUCUCGACACAUCGAAGCUUGGUCGCGGCAGCGGUGGCCCUUGUGCUGUUCUCUUGCGUGUCUGCUGCCGCCGCAACCAGCGGGACGGUCACCUACGGCUGCAGCCCGGUAAACCACAACGACACCUCGGCCUGGCUCUCCGUUUCGCGUGGCCUUUUCCGAGACAGCGUGUACCAAUACUGGCUCUCCCAGUCCUACGCCUACCUGACCCACGUCCAACAAGAUAUUGUUGGUACGACGACGUGGCCACUGCCGCCGACAGUCGCUCCGAUCAACGGGCUGGUGCUGUCGGUGAAUUGGACCUCCCACGGCUUCUACGAUUCGGUGCGCGUGCUGCUGCAAGACGCGCAGAACUGCGUCUACGACUACGACAUCCCCACGCUCAAGCCGUGGGCCUACACCCUGCGGCACAGGCACUGCUACAACGCGUCGCUGCCGCUGUGGACCAAGAUCGUGCCGGACAACAUCAACGACGUGGACCAAGUCAAACAUAUCUACUUGGUCUCGCCCGACUACGUCGCCGCCCUCUCCUUCGACACCACCUUGCCCACCACUAUCGUGAAGAUACCACGCGGAGAUGUACCGAUGACAUCGGUCGUGGGUGCGAGCUACCAGAGCAAUGACGGCAACGACGACCAGCUCUACGUCAUUCGCUCCAACGACUCGCCGAGCAAGCCCUCCGAGAUUCUCAACUUCGUUGUCAGGACUGCAGAGCAGGGACCGGACCUGCGCUUCGGCCAUGUGACCUACCUCGAGGGCGAGUCCGACACGCUGUUCACCAACGACAACUCGACGCAGCUUAUGUGGACGCAGGUGGUGCCCAACUGGCAGAACACGGGCACGACGCAGGGCGUUCUGUUCGACUACAGCCUGCAGGCCCCGCGCUUCUUCCGCCGCGGCGAGCUCGACUUCAGCGGAUCGCCCAACGCGAAAUGGGGGACGCACGCCUUCAGCCGGGUGCCAGGCGUCGAGGCGAUGAUGAUCACCACGGCCAACCAGACCAACUCGGCAGGGUUCGAUAUACAUGUGGUCUACCUCAAUGCGGAUCUGCCCAGCCUCUCCUUUGUCGAUUCGCUCACCGUGACGGACUCCACACUGCCCUCGCUCGGCCAAGCCAUCGAGUUCCGCGACAAGUGGGCCGACUUUGCGGCGAUGAUGGCCACGCACAGCGCCGAUGGCUACACGUGCCUGCAGUUGUUCAUCCACUGCAUAUCUGACCUGACCCUGUGCUACGGGACCAUGCCGCACCCACUGUAG